AUGGAGGUGAAGGUGCUGAGCUCCAGGCUCGUCAAGCCCGCCUACAAGGCCGGCGCUCCAGCCACGGAGCACAUCCCCCUGUCCGUCUUCGACACGGUCACGUACCAGAUCCAGAUGGCCAUCAUCUACGCCUUCGCGCCGCCCGCGCCGUCCACCGCCGCCAUCGAGAAGGGCCUCGCGGCCGUCCUCGCGCAGUACCGCGCGUUUGCCGGGCAGCUCGGCGAGUCCCCCGACGGCGCGCCGGCCGUGGUCCUGAAUGACCGUGGCGCACGCCUCGUGGAGGCGUCCGUGGACGCCGACCUCGUCGACAUGGCGCCGGCCAAGCCCACGCCGGCGCUGCUCAAGCUGCACCCGGACCUGGACGCGGAGCACCAGGAGGUGGUGGUGCUGCAGCUCACGCGGUUCCGCUGCGGCUCCCUCGCCGUCGGGUUCACGUCCAAGCACGUCGUCGCCGACGGCCACGCCACCAGCAACUUCCUAGUCGCCUGGGGCCGCGCCACCAGGGGGCUGCCCAUGGGCGUCCCGCCCGUGCACCACCAGAAGGACCUCUUCAAGCCGCGGUCCUCGCCAGCUCGCCCGGAGCACGACCACCGCAGCAGGGAGUACCACCGGCCGUCGCCCACCGCCGCCGCCGCCGGCCACCAUCACGGGGACGACGGCGCCGAAAGCAACAUCGUCAUCCACAAGGCGCACUUCACCAAGGACUUCAUCGCGGGGCUCCGCGCCAGGGCCUCGGAGGGGCGCGGGCGGCCGUUCAGCCGGUUCGAGACCAUCCUCGCGCACCUCUGGCGCACCAUGACGCGCGCGCGCGACCUGAGCCCCGGCGAGGCCACGUCGAUCCGGAUAUCGGUGGACGGGCGGCACCGGGUGGGCAGGCCGGCGGAGUACUUCGGCAACCUGGUGCUCUGGGCGUUCCCGCGGGCCACGGCGGGCGAGCUGCUGAGCCGGCCGCUGAAGCACGCGGCGCAGGCGAUCCACGACGAGGUGGCGAGGGUGGACGGCGCCUACUUCCAGUCCUUCGUUGACUUCGCGUCCUCCGGCGCGGUGGAGAAGGAGGGGCUGGCCCCGAGCGCCGUGCUCAAGGACGUGGUGUGCCCGGACGUGGAGGUGGACAGCUGGCUGACGUUCCCGUUCUACGAGCUGGACUUCGGCACGGGGAGCCCCAGCUACUUCAUGCCGUCCUACUUCCCGACGGAGGGGAUGCUGUUCCUGGCGCCGUCCUACCUCGGCGACGGCAGCGUAGACGCCUUCGUCCCCGUCUUCCGGCACAACCUGCAGGCCUUCAAGGAAUGCUGCUACUCCAUGGAGUAG